UGCAAAUACACAACGUAUUCCUUCAUGGAUGACUUCACCAAUCAGAUUGUCACAUUUGAGUUGAUUCAGGUAAAAAUUAGAAAUAAUAAAAUAGUAAAUUUUUUGGACUAUUGUUCUAAAAAGUCUUAUCAGAAAUGUAAUCAUCAGUAGUCAGUAACCCUUACUUGUUCCCUCUAGGUGACCCAGGCCAAAAGUUCUGUUGCCAUGGAACCAAUGGGUUUCAAGAAAGGUCUGGAAAAGCUACUAGAUGAAGGGAUCCAUGUAAAGGUUGUCACAACUGACAGACAUCCCUCUAUCAGGAAAAUAAUGAGGGAGGAUUUUCCAAAUAUAGAACACCAGUUUGAUCCAUGGCAUACCGCAAAAGGUUAGUCUAGUGUGUAAACUGUUAUGCACAACUUCUGACACUUUAGCUAUGCUGUCUGGGGGUUCCUCUCUGUAUCCCAAUUACCGAAUAAGCAAUUUCUAAAGUGCACUGUUGUUAUAAUGCUCUUUCUAAUUUAUUUUCAGCAAUAAAAAAAAACUGGUUUUGGCAUCCAAUCCCAAGAACUGCAUGGACCUUGCUCCUUGGAUAAAGAGUGUGAGCAAUCACAUGUGGUGGAGCUGUAGUUCAUCAAAAGGAGAUACAAAGGAAUUGCUGAGACGAUGGAGGUCAAUUCUCCAUCAUAUCUGUGGGGUCCAUCGCUGGGAAGAAGAUGGCAUGAUUUAUAAAUGCUAUCACACUGAGCUGCCAGCGGAUGUGCAAAGGAAAAAGAAGUGGUUGGCAGAAGACUCCCCGGCCUACAAGGCCCUUUAUGAAGUGUGCAUGAAUGCACGACUUUUGAAAGACCUGGAACAAAUGGCACUGUUCAAACACACGGGACAACUUGAGGUGUACCAUAACGUCCUACUGAAAUACUGUCCCAAAAGAUUGCACUUCGAAUUUGCGUCAAUGCAAGCACGAACAAUGUUGGCAGUCAUGGACCAUAAUGAAAACCACAACACACAAAGAGAAAUAGCAAAAACAGCAUCUGGCCUCCUAAGACACAAUGUGGUUUUCCAAAAACAAUCCAAACAAUGGAUUGCCAGACCUGUCUACCAGGAAACAACUCAGACUUUCAGGAACGACAUGAUGGAUGCUGUCAUUCAGAGAAGGCUGGAUCCAUCUGUAAAAUACCAAGACCCCUCAUCCCAUUUCAAAGUUCCCCGUUUGGCUGCUAACAUCGCCAGAGUUUCGAAACCCAUGAAGGAGGAUGCCAUUGCCCGACACACAUCAAGGUUCACAGGUCCAGACUCAUAAUAGUAUGCUAGGGUUAUAAAUAAAUAAAUGGUUACCCCCCCUAGCAUUCCAUAGACCAUUUAUUCAUUUUGUCACCACUGCUACCCAAACAGCCUUUUUUAUAUUAUUGUUGUAUAUAGUUUUGUUAUUGUU